CGCCCGCACCAUGUCCGCGGCCGCCUACAUGGACUUCGUGGCUGCCCAGUGUCUGGUUUCCAUUUCGAACCGCGCUGCGGUGCCGGAGCAUGGGGGCGCUCCGGACGCCGACCGGCUGCGACUACCUGAGCGCGAGGUGACCAAGGAGCACGGUGACCCGGGGGACACCUGGAAGGAUUACUGCACGCUGGUCACCAUCGCCAAGAGCUUGUUGGACCUGAACAAGUACCGACCCAUCCAGACCCCCUCCGUGUGCAGCGACAGUCUGGAGAGUCCAGAUGAGGAUAUGGGAUCCGACAGCGACGUGACCACCGAAUCUGGGUCGAGUCCUUCCCACAGCCCGGAGGAGAGACAGGAUCCUGGCAGCGCGCCCAGCCCGCUCUCCCUCCUCCACCCUGGAGUGGCUGCGAAGGGGAAACACGCCUCCGAAAAGAGGCACAAGUGCCCCUACAGUGGCUGUGGGAAAGUCUAUGGAAAAUCCUCCCAUCUCAAAGCCCAUUACAGAGUGCAUACAGGUGAACGGCCCUUUCCCUGCACGUGGCCAGACUGCCUUAAAAAGUUCUCCCGCUCAGACGAGCUGACGCGCCACUACCGGACCCACACUGGGGAAAAGCAGUUCCGCUGUCCGCUGUGUGAGAAGCGCUUCAUGAGGAGUGACCACCUCACAAAGCACGCCCGGCGGCACACCGAGUUCCACCCCAGCAUGAUCAAGCGAUCGAAAAAGGCGCUGGCCAGCGCUUUGUGAGGUGCUGCCCGUGGAAGCCAGGGAAGGAUGGACCCCGAAAGGACAAAAGUACUCCCAGGAAGCAGACGCGUGAAAACUGAGCCCCGGAAGAGGCACACCGACGGCACAGGAAGUCACUGCUCUUUGAUCAAUAUUCUGAUUUUCCUCUCCCUGCAUUGUUUUUAAAAAGCACAUUGUAGCCUAAGAUCAAAGUCAACAACACUUGGUCCCCUUGAAGAGGCAACUCUCUGAACCCGUCUCUGACUGUUGGA